AUGAUAGAAGAUACAAUAUUUUUUGUCAAAUCUUUAUUAUUUAAAAUCAUUAAUUGUCAUAUAUAUUUUAGGCACAUUAGAUAAUUUCAUAAUUUUUAUUUAAAGAAAUAAUAACGAACAUUGAUGAUAAAUUCAUGGUUAUUUAUUAUAUAUUUAGAUGGACCAAUAUAUUUUUUUAAAGAUUCUAAAAAUUAUUAUAGUGAUAACACGUGAAUAAAAAAAUUGUUACAAUGAUUUUUAUUUAAUACGUAAAUGGUAUAAAAGGGAUGUCGCAGACGUCUUUAAAUUUAAUUGCAUAACUUUAAACGGUACUUAAAAAAGAACUCCUUAAAAAUUGUGUUUACGUUUCGUGAUUUGACAGAUCUAGCUAUUAAUUGGGAGGCUUUUAUCCUUAAUUACACAAGUAGCAUUUAAAUAGGAUUAGAAGUUAAAAAAAAAACAGAUCCAUGAGAAGAGUCAACUAUCAAAGGCGCAUGAUAGCGGAUUAGGUGGACGAGCCCACAAGUAACACAUGCUCCUCUGUGUCUAUCCUCACUUCCACGCAUAAACACCACUUUUAAAAAAAAAAUCUGCCUUAGAUUUUCUCUCUCUUUAUUUCCAAUAAAAAUAAAAGAAAAAAGCAAAAAAUAUAUAAAUUAAAAAAAAAAAAAAUCAAAGACAGAGAGGAGCAGCAGAGCUGAAUGCGCUCUACUCAUAGCAAAAGAUCCAUACCUCAUAGAUCGUAUCGUCUUCCUUACAGUUUUAGGAAAUGGAGAACAAACCGAGUGUCUUAACCGACAGAUACGAGGUAGGUAGACUACUAGGUCAGGGCACGUUCGCCAAAGUCUACUACGGUCGAAGCGUCCACACCAACGAGAGCGUGGCCAUCAAAAUGAUCGACAAAGAGAAAGUCCUCCGCGUGGGGCUCAGCGACCAGAUCAAGCGCGAGAUCUCCGUCAUGCGUAUCGCCAAGCACCCCAACGUGGUCUCCCUCCACGAGGUCAUGGCCACCAAGUCCCGCAUCUACUUCGUGAUCGAGUACUGCAAGGGCGGCGAGCUUUUCAACAAAGUCAAAAAGGGAAAACUCAGGGAAGACGUCGCCUGGAAGUACUUCCACCAGCUCAUCAACGCGGUGGAUUUUUGCCAUAGUCGCGGUGUUUACCACCGCGACAUCAAGCCGGAGAAUCUCCUGCUUGAUGACAAUGAGAAUCUCAAGGUUUCGGAUUUCGGUCUGAGCGCGCUUGCGGAUUGCAAGCGCGCAGACGGACUUUUGCAUACCACUUGCGGGACCCCUGCUUACGUGGCGCCUGAGGUGAUUAACAGGAAAGGGUACGAUGGGACGAAGGCGGAUAUUUGGUCUUGUGGGGUUGUUUUGUUCGUGCUGUUGGCUGGGUACCUCCCCUUUCACGACUCUAAUCUCAUGGAGAUGUAUAGGAAGAUAGGUAAAGCGGAUUUCAAGUGUCCGAACUGGUUCGCCCCCGAGGCGAAGAGGCUGCUGUGCAAGAUGCUGGAUCCUAACCACGAGAGUAGGAUCAGCAUCGCGAGGAUCAGGGAGAGUUCUUGGUUUAGGAAAGGGCUGCAUUUGAAGCAGAAGAAGAUGGAUAAACAACUCCGGGAAACAACUGUUAUUCCCACAGUGGAAGUUGGAGAGAGUUCAGGCUCGAGCAGCGAGAACGGAGAUAGCCUCCACGAGGAGGCGCCGGCUCAGCUCGCGUACCUGAACGCUUUCGAUAUCAUCAGCUUGUCUGCGGGGUUUGAUCUGGGAGGGCUUUUCGGGGAUGCGAAUGACAAGAGGGAGUCUAGAUUCGCGUCGAGGAAGCCUGCUGCGGAGAUCAUUUCUAAGCUGGAGGAGGUGGCCAGAGGUUUGAAUCUGAAGAUAAGGAAGCAGGACGCAGGGCUGUUCAAGCUCGAAGGGUCAAAGGAAGGAAGAAAGGGAGCUUUGUCGAUGGACGCGGAGAUAUUCCAGGUGACGCAGACGUUUCACCUGGUUGAAGUGAAGAAAUGUGAUGGCGACACGGUGGAGUAUCAGAGGCUGGUGGAGGAGGAUCUUAGGCCUGCGCUGGGAGAUGUAGUCUGGGUUUGGCAAGGCGAUAAGGAGAAGGAAGAGCAGCUGAAGCUUGGUUUGCAAGAUGAACAGGGAGUAGAACAGCAUAGUGAACCAUUGUAGCAGGAAAACAUGAAGAAAAGAAGAGACUCUAUAAACAUAAGGUGACAAACAAAGCAAGAGGUAAAAAAGGGGAACAGUUAUAACUUGAUUCUUUACAAUAGCCUGCAAAAAUUUGCAGAUAGUUCGUUUGUUGUAACAAACUACCUUGUGUUUACUUGAGCAUCUUUUACAAUUUUCUUAAGGUUUUGUCCGCACAACAGCAAGAAUCAGAGGAUGUGUUUGUGUGUGGGCUGUGUAAGCAAAUCCUUGUUAAGUGUACAAAACAAGCAAAUUUUAUAUAGA